GUAGAGUAUUUAAAUCCGGACGCAAUCAAAAUGUGCAUAAUGUUGCAAUGGCAAACGCAUUUCAAAUACCUAAGAAAGAGCAUCGAAGAAUUGCUUGAAGAUGCCAAGGAAGAGUACUGUUCUAUAAGUAAAAUUGACUCAAAUUUAAUCGACAAAAGUAAAGUUCCCUGGCCUUAUCAACAAAAACACUUAAAGAGCAUUAUCGUGCAUCACAAAUACAUUACAAGAAUUGCAAGUGAAACUGAGGAAAUAUUCAACAAGUGUGUUUUAGUCAAUUUCCUCAGCUUAUCUUUUGUAAUCUGCAUCAUUUUGUUCCGCAUUGCAAAUGCGCCACUGUUUACCGUCGAAUUUUUCCAACUUUGCAUAUACUUGAUUGCAUCAAAUAUCUUAUUUUUCGGGGAUUGCUACUUCACACAAAAAGUCUUAACCCAAAAUGAAUCACUCGCUUAUGCGUGCUACAGUGUCGAAUUUGUAGGCACUAAUUUACCUUUUCAAAAAUAUUUAAGUUUGAUCAUGGCAAGGGCACAAAGAUCGGUGCGAUUUACAGUUGGAAAAUUUGCACCCUUAAGUAUUGUUACCCUGGUUACAAUUUUGAAGGCGUCUUAUUCGUAUUUCACCUUACUUCAAAACCGUCGGCAACAAUAGUUACAGAGCAGUGGAAUUGAAGUGAACAUUUGUUUGUAGUAGCACGUUCCACUGCACAAUGAAGACACGCCAAUCGUUAACAUUUUCUGCUUGGCUAACUAAUCACUUGUGCACGUAGUUCUAGUUGUUUAUUAACUUUUAAACGUAGGAUGUGUACGGAGCACCACCCGAUAUCAAAAAUGUAAACCUGUUCCAAGGAAAUAAAAGUCUAACAAUUG